UGUGUUUUAAUCUCCCCGCCCCAGUCUUCGAAACACGAUCUAAAAAUCUUUUGACUUCUUUACCUGUUUACCUUGUCUUGUACAGUGGAGCUUUUUGGAAAUUGUCUUGGCUCUCUCAUUGUUAUGACCACGUAUUUAUCGAUCUAAGAUGAUUAUAUUGCCAAGGAAAUUUGCACAAAUUGCAAAACAACUUGAGUAGUAAUUGUGGGAAGAUUGAUAACAUUUGCUGAAAUGGAUUUAAAAGAUGACAAACCACCUUCUUUAGACGACCAUGAUGACUCAAUAUGGAGUGGCACUACAAAGGAGCGAAGUUUGUCAGACAGCUCUAUCAGAAGCCUGAAGUGGACAGAUAAGGACACUAGUACUAAUAUUGCGGCUCCACUCCGACAAAGAAGCCACAGUACUAACAAGGAAAUGUGGUUGCCUACAAAACUAGUGAAAGGCAAACCAAAUGAGCUACCCACAGCUCCAGGGUCUGAUUUUAAAGAAUCUUCUACUCCAGAGCCAGUUAAACCCCCCAGACCAAAGCGUUUAAACUCUUUUAAACGUAAAGACAAAGCAAAAAAGACUGAUAAUGUGGGAAAACAAGAUAUAUCUAUUGAUUCAUCGGAUCCUGUUAAACCACCACGACGGAAACUACCUAACCCUCCUCCUGUAGAAAAACCUGCAAAUCUGGGUCUUAAAAGUAAGGAAACACGGCCCGAAGAGAACAGGGAUAUCGUUAGUAAACCAGUGGUUACAGCAAGUCCCUACCAAGAUAAUAUUACAGUGGAAGAUGUGAAAAGUGGUAGUGGCCGCAGGAUAAUUUCAGUAUAUAAUGAUGCAGCCCAGAGUGGUAUGCGUAAGGUGGAAUCAUUUUAUGAUUUUCUCUAUUCUGGUGAUGUUGAUGGUGCUAGGGGCAAGGGGAGUAAGAGAGAUCUUGAGGAUGAUGAGAAUUUUUAUGAUGAUGUCCCACUUGACAGCUCCAGACAAAGCUUGGCCAGUCUGGGAAAUUCCAGGAGGAUUGACUCGGACUCAUUGAUCUACGAUGAAGUCAUAGUUAACAAAGAGUAUUAUUUGAUGCCAGUUGAUCAAAAUGAUGCUGUAUCAGAAGAUGACCCAUGGGGAUCAGAUUUUGAAGAGGAUGAAAUCUUUGACAAUGUUGAUUAUGGUGAUGAUGAUGAUGAUUUUGACAUUGAUGAUGACGAUGGAAGUGGAAGUGGUAGCGGCAAUGGAACAGCAGUUGAUGGUUUAGCUGAUAUUACGCCAAUGAUGCAGAGAAGAAGACCUUUUAAACUACUCGCAGAUACACCCAGAACUAGUGGUAACAGUCCAUACAAGAAGGUGGCGAUGCCGUCAGCACUACAAGUCAAACAUGGGCUGAAGGGUAUUCCAGGACACCUCAGGGGCUGCUUUGGGAUGUCCAAGGCGGGAAGCUUGCCAUACUUAUCAAGACAAAGCAAAGGCGAAAGUAAACUCAUUGAAUCUGAGGAGGAGCCAGAAUACGUAGACCCUAACAUAGCAGACACCGAGAACUACACCCAGCCCGUGAUGCCGGACAUGACGCCAGGUCUGAGCCACGAGCAGACCAAGAGAUAUCAGAUAGUCAAGUUUAUCCUGGAGAGUGAGACGGACUACAUGAAGCUCAUGGACAUGCUCAUUAAGAGGUAUGAGCUGCCCGUGCGAGAACGAGAUCUACUGGAGCCGUCAAAAAUCGAUAUCAUUUUCGCACCUGUUCACAAGGUCUUGGACUGUCACGUGAUGUUCAACAUUGCCUUGUCGGCACGUAUGGCCGAGUGGAGCCCGGACGAGAAGAUUGGCGACAUACUAUAUGCUCUGUUUUCAAAGUCCAUGGUACUUGAGGCGUACAGCACUUACGUGAAUAACUUCGCAAAGGCUAUGGACAAUAUCAAGUCAGCAUGUAGAACGCAUCUGGCAUUUGCUCAGUUACUCAAGGCCCGCCGGCAGUCGCAUCGAGAAAGGGUAACCCUGCAUAGCUUGAUGCUUAGACCAGUUAUACGCUUUGCACAACUUGUCGACCUUCUUCAGGAGCUGCUGGUCGUUACCCCCGUGAGCCACCCUGAUCGCAUCCCACUGCAAAUGGCGUUGACCCAGCUAGAGAGCCUCGCUGAUAACCUGAAAGAACGCAAACGAGAGUCGGAAUUGAGAAGUAGAGUCAAGCAGUUGGAUACGGCUACCGCCCACUUGAGCAAGCCUCUGUCAUCAGGCAAUCGUUACUUCAUCCGUCAAGACGACUUUGUGCAGUGCGUUAUUGAGGGAGACACCAUUGUCCACACCAAGAGGCGCCGGCUUAUUAUGCUCUCUGAUAUGCUGCUCUGCGUCUCGCUCAUCAAAGGGAAGAGGGACCGCAUGGCAAACCUGAUUACAGAUACACGCACUAAGUACAAGCUCAAAUGGAAUGUUCCUCUGACGGACGUGGAGGUGAUCGAGUAUGGGCCUGGGGUACAGAUAUAUGCCUCUGGGAAUCGCACCACCAUCACACAAGCCAAGGAAGGUCAAUAUCGUCAGUACAGCGGUUGCCAGGAGCACUUUGAGGAUUUGCAGCACGACAUGACUGUUAUCGGACAGAUAGCUGGACUCGUGGCCACACUGCGACGCUCUUAUCAGGUCUUGGACAAUGACAAAGUCCAGAAAUGGCACAAGGCGGUGCAGCGGACGAUAGAGGAAGAAUCAAGGCUGGCCAACAUUUACUGGCUGGAGCUCUCGCUGCCAUCCAAGACUGGCCGUGUGAAUUAUAUCUUCAGUACAGAAAACCCUGGUGUGAAGGCAAAUUGGCUUACAGCUCUCAACACAGCUAUGCUAAGGCUUUCGCCAGACAAUAACCCUGGCUGGUACCUCCCGGAGGAUGAUGGGACAGGGGGCGUGGCUGUUCAGCGACGUAAUAUGCCACUACUCAAGGACAAUAGCGAACUCUUCCUACUGAACCCCAAGGCCAGGGUCACUGGUGUGGUUAGCUGUCCAGACGUGUCCGACCCACUGCCCGGAAUGCAAGACAACUACAACAACCUUUGGCUACUGUGUGGGGGAGGGGAGAGUACGGGCUUGGUUAGCGUGGUCCGCGUAAGCUCGGCCUCCUCCCCUCAGAUCAUCGAGUCGUUCUUGGUCUGUGACUCGCACAUCUUGUGCGGGGAGUACGUGAGGCGGACAUGUCCCGAUGAGGGCAAGGUUAAGGGGCCGCUUUCCGGAAAGUUUGGAUUCCCUUUCCCUACAGUUUGGCUAGGGACUCAGUCUGGCAAAAUAUACAUCUACAACGGAGUUGACGCUGAGAGGCGCUAUGUCAUGUCUGUAAAACUGCCCGAUGCGGUUCUUGCUAUCAGACAAGCCAAAGGAAAGAUCUUUGCGGGUCUCGCCGAUGGUAGCGUGGUUGUGUUCAAACCUAACGACGACGGUGUUUGGGAUUUUAGUCAGCCCAAGGCAAUCGGUCUCAGCAAAAGCUCGAUCAUGAGCAUUGCGACCACUGCGAACUCCCUGUGGUGUGCCAGCGCUAACAAAAUCCACGUCAUCGAUCUUGAGCACGAGACUGUCAAGCACGUGAUCGAGGUGGACCCAUCCCCCAAGACCACAGUACGGCACCUUGUGUGUUACGGCAUAGGUGUAUGGGUGUCGCUAUGGAAACUCCCAACCAUCAAGCUUUUCCACGGAGAGACAAUGGAGCACGUACAAGACAUGAAUAUUGCGUAUACGGUCAACACAAUGCAGAGGGACGUGGAUUCUCAGCUGGAGCAAGCCAAGCUCGAUAAACUGUACGUGUCGUGUAUGACUGCAGACGAAGGACUUCUCUGGGUGGGGACCAGCGUCGGUGUCAUCCUCAUAUUUCCGCUCCCGAGACUCGAGGGAAUCCCGCUCGUGUCGGGUCGUGCGUAUGUCUCGUUCCACACAUACCAGAGUCGCGUGCGCGCGCUCUAUCCACUUCGCAAUAACCCAGAUGCAGGGGUCGAGAUUGGCCGAGCUCGCGGCAAGAGGCCUGGGUAUCAGCUAUUUAGGGAACAUGAAAUGCGGGAUGCCUGUGUGCAGACGGACGUGGGAGUCUCGGGCACAUGCUCGUAUGUGGAGAAUGGUCCGGAGACGUCAAAACGAGAAGCGAAGUCGACAGCUCCGAGUGCUUCCCAGGCAGCCAAAGACUUUGACGAAGAUAUCGAUGCUAUUUGCUCGGACGACGAGUUCUCUUUUGUUGACGACGAUCACAAAGUUUGCAAGAGAUCGGAAAAGAACUCCGCCGACUUCAAAGUCAAGAUCGACGCCGCACAUCGGUCGGGUGAGGUGACGAGUACGAGUGUCAGCGGUAAUCCACCAAAGCUCAGCCCCGUGAGCGAGGUGGGUACGCUCGACUUUGCGCGUAUGAUGGAGGAGUUCCAGGGCUUCGGCACGAGUGCUCCGGUGCCAAGUCUUCCAGAGCCACCAGAAAUUCCUGCGCUGCUUGUUACGGGUAGCAUCUCCAAGGACCUGGACAGAAAGACAUCUGGGCUUCCAAACACAACACCCGAUAAUGCCGAAAGGGAAAAUGUCAAGAACAAAAUAACUUCACAAAACGGAAGUGAUAAUGCUCAAAAUGGAACUUCAGAUCACACUCAUAGGGGUAAUGAACAACACGAAAUGGCUACUCAAAGUAAGAAUGAGAUACUUGAUUGUGCGAAUGACCGUAAGGCUGGGGAAGGCGAUAAUCAACCCUCUGAUGUAAGUCAAAAUACCGAGAACGCUCGCACCAGAACUCCAAAUGUUGCCCUUACCCCUGAAGUUGCUGGUGGCGAUGUGAGCACUAGCGCUGACGGUCAAGAAUUUCGCGGGCGAGCUCAGUCAAGUGGACAGUACGUUGAGCUAAGUGAGGCGCAAGAACAGGCUCGGGAAGCUGGCGAGGCGAUUGACGCGAGGAAUAGGACAAUUAACACCGGAGGUGGUGCAUCUGCAUCUUCCGGAAGUGGCCAGCAGUCAACAGCAGUGAGCCCCCCACAGUACAUCACGGUGUUAGACUCAUCUCAAUCGAGGUUCUCAAUUCCAGGGUCUGACUCGGAAAACGAGGCGACGAUACCUGAGAAUAAUGAGAGCUACAGCGUGUUCUCGGCAGACAGUCGCCAGGAGGGUAAAAAGCUGGAAAAUCUGAAGUCGAAGCUACCAUACCCUGUACUGCUGGUGUCGGCGGGAGAGGGUCACCUGGAUCUGCGACGGAAAAGGCAGCAGGAGAAGAACACAGAACCGCGGCUGAUGAUCUGGCAGAUCAACUGAUCACGAGAGUUGCAUCUGGCAGAUCAACAGAUGAAGAGAACUAUGAUCUGGUAUAUCAACUGAUGAAGAGAAUAAUGAUCUGGUAUAUCAACAGAUGAAGAGAAUAAUGAUCUGGCAGAUCAACUGAUCAAGAGAAUUAAGAACUGGCUGAUCAACAGAUGCUGAGAACUAUGAUCUGGUAGAUCAACAGAUAAAGAGAAUAAUGAUCUGAUAGAUUGACUUUUCCCAAAGAUGGUGAUCUGGCAAAUCAACUGAUCAGGGUAAUAAUGAUCUCUUAGACCAACUGGUGUUCAAAUAAACCAAACUGGUAUAUCCAUUGACGAAGAUGGUGAUCAGUCGGAUCAACUGGUUUACAAAGAUGGUGAUUAGCCGGAUCAACUGGUUUACAAAGAUGGUGAUCAGCCGGAUCAACUGAUUUACAAAGAUGGUGAUCAGCCGGAUCAACUGAUUUACAGAGAUGGUGAUCAGUCGAAUCGACUGGUUUACAAAAGUGGUGAUCAGCAAGAUCAAAUGAUUUACAACGAUGGUGAUCAGUCGGAUCAACUGGUUUACAAAGAUGGUGAUCAGUCGGAUCAACUGGUUUACAAAGAUGGUGAUCAGCCGGAUCAACUGAUUUACAGAGAUGGUGAUCAGUCGGAUCAACUGGUUUACAAAGAUGGUGAUCAGGAGGAUCAACUGAUUUACAGAGAUGGUGAUCAGCCGGAUCAACUGGUUUACAAAGGUGGUGAUCAGGAGGAUCAACUGGUUUACAAAGGUGGUGAUCAGGAGGAUCAACUGAUUUACAAAGAUGAUCAGGCGAAUCAACUGUUUUUUUACAGACGAUAAGGCAGGUCACAUGAUGCUAAAAAAAUAAUUGGCGUUAUGAAAUUGUCAGGAAAAAUUAGAAAUGUUGAAAGCUAUAGAUAGCAAAAGAGGCUUAUAGAAAAAAAAGAUUUUAUGAGAAUAAAAGAUAAAAGUAUUUUAUCCCCCUAUAGAUUUCGUCCAUUCAAUGAUUGUAAAAGUCACCAGAAUAGAACAGUAACGUAAAGGGCGAACUAUGGUAUCGCCCUUGAGGAAGUAAAACAAAAACAGUUCUUUGAGGCAUUACAAAAGGUAUACUUUUAUAUACUACAUUUAGCUAACCGACACAUUGAAUCAACAAAAUGCAAACACUUCCCCUUUUAAUACAUUUUCCAGCUAGCAGAGGCCUCUUUUCUCUGUAUUUGGGCAGCCCAGCGUGAUGCUGAGAACCGAAGCUCUGACGGCAAGGUAUUAAUAAAUUUGCUCAAGAUUAAAAUGACCGAAUCGCUGCGAGGCUGGGACUUGUUGCGCUCUUCUUGUAGCUUCCGUGAUUGCUAGCCUGGUACACACAAAAAAUGGCGAGAAUUCAACGGUAUAGCUGCCGUAAUUGCUACUUAACUCAGUAGUCAUCGAUUAUAGUAAAUAUAAUAUAUUUUUUCGAGAUUUGCAAGAAAAGAUAGAGCCUUUUUAUUGAUUGAAUUUUUGUUUUAGCCUUAUGUAAAUACGCAAAUCUCAAAAUCACAGAAUAAAAAGACUUCCGUUUUCCUCCA